CUCUGAAAAACUCGAGGGUUCCCCUGCCAGGCAGACUGCGGGGCAGCCGGUGCCAGGCGCUGAGUUUGCCCUGCAAACAAAGGCGCAUUGGGGGCGGGGGUUUUGCUUCUGAUGUCGUUAUUUCAGUAUAAACUGGGAUUCCCCUGCCUUUAAGAAACAUCUCAUUGUAUUAAAGCCUAUCUUAUUUUUGAAUUGUAUAAUUAUGGCCAAAUUAUGUUGGCUGAAAGUUAAAAACAAGUCAAUAUCAUACAAGAAAACAGUUGUGAGUGGUUAGAUAUUGUGGAACUUCUGAAGGUUUUACAAUAGAAGGAUUUUUCACAUCUUCUUUUCACCAAAACUCCUUCUAAAUCUAUACUGAUAAUAUUUGAGAGGUAGCGAAUGAAAUGCCAUGUCUACAUUUGGAGAGGGGUGCGGUCACCAUUUCCUGACCGAAAAUUGUGGUGGCUGAUUGAAUGUUGUACUCACACAGAAAAUGUUAGCAGGGUCCUGAUUAAUAAUGGUAUAUGUUUUAUCUGUAUUAUUAAUCUAAAGUUUAAAAACAAACCCACCUCCCCAUGUAGCCCAGACUGUUCCUUCUAUCUCAGUCUUUCAAGAGUUGAACUUACAAGUGUAUCCCCAACUCCUUGCUCAUUAAUCUGAAAUUUUAAAAGUUUGAGAGCAGGGAGUUUGGACUUAGUGAUAGCAUGAGUGAGACCAUAGCGAUCCAGUCCAGAAAGAAAGCAUUGAGCUUCCUGAUUUCCCCUCCAGCUCUCUUAUGCCUAUCAUGCUAAGCCUGUAUUAGAAUACUUGUAAUUUUUUAAAACCAGCAAUGUUUCAAAAAAAAAGUUUUGAAUGAUUAUCUUCUUCCUCUCUUUUUCUUGCUUGAACCCAGUAGAGUGCCAGCACAGGAUGGUUUCUGUCUAGAUACUUUCUAAGUGACACUGCCUUUCAGUAACAACUCAUUCUCAGAAACUUCAGUUCUCCUUUAACCCGCAGUCAUGAAUAGGAGCAAUUGCCAUUCAUUAAAAACACAGCAGCAACCCCUACUUCUUCGAAGACCCUUGCCUCCAAAGCUCCCUAAGUUGCCUUUAUGUAAGAAGAAAGUUCGAGCAGCCACUACCAGUCAACUUGAACAGACCCACGUGCAAGUCUCUGAGGAUGAAAGCGAUUCAGAAAAAGGAGAGGAAGGUGUUUUUCAAUCACAAAGACCCCUCAGUAUUCAAAGCAUCUCUCUUGAUCAUGAGCAUAAGGCUCGUGAAAGAGUGGUUAACAUUUUACCACAUGCACGCGGCACUCACCCCACCGUCCAUUGGAAGAUGCCACAUAGCACUUCUGGUUCCAUCUUUAUUCCAAGGUGUCUGUCGGCAUCUUCUCGCGUUUUCAGAAAAAAACUGCGCCAAAUGAGAAGAUCCAGAAAGCUCAAGAAAAAGAAAGACAAAAAAGAAUCAUUUUUCAUAAAUAAGCCAGUUAACAACAUUUUAAUUAUCUCCCAGCAGUUUGCGAAACCUUUACCCCCUUCUUACUCUAGGCUUAUAACUUCUAGAUUUAAGCCAGCAAGUGCAGAGUCUCGCCCUGUACCGAAGACUCCAGACUAUACUCAAGCACUUCCUCUUCUGAGAGAUGUGUCGCUCAGCCCCGUACCCAGUACUUUAUCUAUAAUACCAGAGCCACAGUGGUCUGAACGACCACCUCGUCCCAACGCCCCACUAAAUAAAGUGAUACUGAACAUUGCUAGUCUCCCGGCAAUUCAUACUCUGCCGAGGCCUGCUUUACCAAGAAGACCUCCAAGACAGAUUGCAAUAGAAAGUGCUGCAGAAAGUGGAAAGGUAGAAACUCCCAAACCACCUGAUGCUGUAGUUAAAACUAUGAGAAAAGUGGACCCAGAGGCCCAUGUUUUACGAGGGGAAGGUUUUAAGACUAUUGCAGCAACACGCUUUGAAACAAUAAUGGCGAUGACCACCCUGGCCAUAAUAAAUUGCCAAAUAUAUGGAAGGAAUGCACUUAGUCUUAAGGGAUUCUUUCUUCUGCGCUGUCCAGACUUAACACCUGUGGCUUUUCAAUUGAUAUACCUUAACUUAUCAUUUAAUGACCUCAACUACUUUCCUGUGGAAGUAUUUUGUCUUCAAAAUCUACAAGUACUGAAACUGAGAAAUAACCCUAUCAGAGAAAUUCCUAAUGAAAUCCAAAAAUUGAAGUACCUCAGGAAUUUCUGCAUUGCCUUUAAUCUCAUCAGAGAGCUUCCUACUGGGUCACUUGACAAACUGGUUGUUGAUGGGAAUUACAUGACUUCUUUUCCACCUGGGAUUUUAAGGCUUAAUUUGACCAAACUCCAAUUUGAUAAUACGUUCACUAAUUGUCAUUUUUGGAUAGAGUGUUGCUGGAACAACCCCCCACGACUAACUCAAAUUUGUUCUUUGUUCAUUGUCAAAAAUAAUCUACAUAAAGUUUAUGAUUUCAUCCCAAAGAAACUUCAAAGGUAUCUAAGAAGCACAUCUCGGUGUGACUGGUGUCACGGUCCCAAGUUUGGUGAAGGCUUUCGCAUCAUCCGGUCCUGUGAUAUGUUUGGAGCAACACAGAUUCCUAUUAUGUUCUAUGUCUGCUCUCCUUCUUGUUAUGUGGAGAUCAGGGAAAGCAGUUUUGUUUUAGAAGGUUUUCCUAGUAGAAGAAUAGCUCUAAAUAUGGACUGGGUAAGAGAAAGGAGAGUGAGCGAUGUCUCCUUUUAUUUGUAAAGUCCACAGACGUUUAUAUAAGAGUGACUCAUCUCUUGGAGCACAGGUUCCUUCCGUGUGGAGACCUACAGGUCUCCUCACCCGAGUUCUCUCUGUGGCCCCCCUUCCUUGUGAACGACUGAUGUUAGGAGUCAUUGCAGAAUUGUGACUUGGGGACUAGAAAGGGCCUUUGGAGGCCGGUGAGGGUGUUGAGAAUUACCUGAAGAACAUGUUUACAGUAAGAAAAACAAAUGCUCAAAACGUAAAUGCAGAAAGGGCUGUAUUUACAUUUUGUCUUUUCUUGAACCCAUAGUCAAUGACAGGCUAGCAGCUCAAAGCCAUCACAGAGAACUCUGUUGCGUGAGGCCGCAAAGUCAUGUGUGCAGGUAUCCAAUGUUAGUUUGUAUAUUUCUGUGAAAACCUAUCCAGUGCUGAUCAUCUCAGUUGGUUUUCUUUUGAGAAUAAAAGAUUCAAUUCCAAA